UCACAAUCUGUCCCAUUGUUCUGUUUGUUCUGUUUGUAACCAGCUCGCCUAUUCCCUUGUACACAAAGCCCGUCUCUAAAAUCCUUCCUUGUUCUCUUCCCUUUCUCAAGGAAUUCUAUAUUCAAAACCUUACAUCUUGAAGGAUAGACAAGGAAUAUUAAAAAUACAAGCUGCUUCACAAAUAUUUGAGAUAUUGUCUUUCUUAAUAGUAGAUUUUCACUCUGAAGGGGCUGUCUCGGCCUCUAGCUACCAGGUACUGGUGAUAAUUGUCGUGAUUGAUUUCUUCUGUGUUCCUGUGUUUGCACAAAGCAAAACCCCCUGUACCCAUGUCACAGCCAUGGGAUUACAUCGCUAAGCUUGUUUGCAUUGGUGACUCCGGGACUGGAAAAUCCAGCUUGACCAUUCGCCUCUGUGAGGGACGCUUUUCUCCUUCUCAUGAUGUUACUAUUGGCGUCGAAUUUGGGUCGCGGAUUGUUCCUGUAGGGCCACCUGCGUCGAAGAACUUGGGCAUAGGGCCGGAGCUACAUACCCACAACCGGAUCACUCCCCCAGAGCUAUCGCUACCUUCCACAUUAUCAGGCGCUCCAGAUGACUCCGUUAUUCGUGAUCUCUCGGGGCCUCCCGAAAAUCCACAGGGGGAACUACCCCAGAAGAAGAUGAAACUAUCUCUCUGGGAUACGGCGGGUCAAGAAACCUACAAGUCCAUCACUCGCUCUUACUUUCGUGGUGCUUCCGGUGCUCUUCUUGUCUUUGAUAUCACACGACCUUCUACCUUUGCGUCUUGUACACAGUGGCUUCAAGACCUCCGGCAAAUUGCGGAGGAAGGCAUUGUUGUGAUCUUAGUUGGCAACAAGAGUGAUCUUGUUGGGGUUAAUUCUGACACGAAUAGUAGGCAAGUUACUAGGCAGGAAGCAGAAGAAUGGUGCCGCAUUAAUAAUGUUGUCCGCUACGUCGAAACAAGUGCGAAGUCUGGUGAUGGUGUUGAGCGUGCUUUCCUCGAAGUUGCGGAGAGAAUUUAUCGCAAUAUUCUAGCUGGCGAGUAUAACCUUAAUGAUCGGCGGAGCGGUGUCAAGAGUUUCGGCGCUACAGGAGGCGCGGACACCGGUGUUCCUAAAACCGUUACUUUUGGUUUGAAUGAUGCCAUGCAUAGUCAUGGAAAUGGUUUGACAAGUUGCUGUUAA